UAAUCAAGAUAGUUGGUUUGCAAAACAUUAAACAUUAAACAGUAUUUGAUGCCUAGUUAAUAAUUUGCAUCCUCUUCAUUUGUUCCUGAAUCCUUGAAGACUGACAUUUUUCCCCCCUAAAGGCACAGACAACGAAAGAAAUUGCAUUUAAAGCAAAACAAGAGUCCUUAAACUGCAGAGAUGUUUGCCAAAAUGUCUGCUCCCCAAGUUCUGCUGCUAAUGGUUCUAGCCGGAAAGACAGCCUUCGGGUUCUCUCUGAUGGCUUUGCUCCUAGAGCCCGACCCAGAUUGGACUCAUGACAACUAUGAGUACAGCUACGAGAAUUACAACCAGGAAGAGAACACCAAUCGUGAAGUUAGCCACCCUGAGAAUCCUGACUGGUACUAUGCAGAUGAUGAUCCAUGCCUGUCCAGCCCCUGUGAACAUGGUGGGAACUGCCUCAUCGAUGGGGACACUUUCACAUGCAGCUGUCCAGCCCCUUUCUCUGGAAGCAGGUGUCAGAACGUGAAAAACAAGUGCAAGGAUAACCCAUGUGGCCGGGGUGAAUGUCUCAUUAUUCAGAGUCCUCCCUUCUACCGCUGUGCCUGUAAACACCCUUACAAGGGUCCAGGAUGCUCUACAGUGGUUCCUGUGUGCCGGCCAAACCCCUGCCAAAAUGGCGGCACCUGCUCCCGGCAUCGGCGGAGAUCCAAGUUUACCUGCACCUGUACCAGCCAGUUCAAGGGGAAAUUCUGUGAAAUAGGUUCCGAUGACUGCUAUGUUGGUGAUGGCUACUCUUACCGAGGGAAAGCGAGUAAGACAGUCAACCAGCACUCAUGCCUUCACUGGAACUCCAAUCUCCUCUUGCAGCAGCAUUACAACAUGUUUAUGGAGGAUGCUGAGGCCCAUGGGAUUGGGGAGCACAACUUCUGCAGAAACCCAGAUGGAGACAAAAAGCCCUGGUGUUUCAUUAAAGUAAACAAUGAAAAGGUGAAAUGGGAGUACUGUGAUGUCUCAGCCUGCUCAGCCCUAGAUAUUACUGACCCAGAGAGAAGCCCCAUAGAGCCCCUGAUGGAGCUUCCGGGGUUUGACUCAUGUGGGACGACUGAGAUAUCAGAGAGGAAAAUCAAGAGGAUCUACGGAGGCUUUAAGAGCACGGCGGGCAAGCACCCGUGGCAGGUGUCCCUGCAGACCUUGGUGCCACUGACCGUCUACAUGCCCCAGGGACACUUCUGUGGGGGGGCGCUGAUCCACCCCUGCUGGGUGCUUACUGCUGCCCACUGCACUGACAUAAAAGACAAGAAUCUAAAAGUGGUGCUAGGGGACCAGGACCUGAAGAAGACAGAAUUCCAUGAGCAGACCUUCGGGGUGGAGAAGAUUUUCAAGUACAGCCACUAUAACGAAAGAGACGAAAUUCCCUACAAUGACAUUGCUUUGCUCAAGCUAAAGCCGGUGAACGGUCACUGUGCCCUGGAAUCCAAAUACGUAAAGACUAUAUGUUUGCCUGAUGGUCCCUUUCCCUCUGGAACUGAAUGUCACAUCUCUGGCUGGGGUGUUACAGAAACAGGGGAAGGGUCCCGCCAGCUCCUGGAUGCCAAAGUCAAGUUGAUCUCCAACACUGUGUGCAACUCCCGCCGGCUGUACAACCACACGAUCGAUGAGAGCAUGAUCUGUGCGGGAAACCUUCAGAAGCCUGGGCAAGACUCCUGCCAGGGUGACUCUGGAGGCCCUCUGACCUGUGAGAAGAAUGGCACCUACUACGUCUACGGGAUAGUGAGCUGGGGCCUGGAAUGUGGGAAGAAGCCAGGGGUCUACACCCAAGUUACCAAAUUCCUGAAUUGGAUCAAAGCCACCAUCCAAAGGGAGUCUAGCUUCUAAGGUGUCUUCCAAACUCUAGAGCCCAUCCUCCUUAGCACCCAGACAAGGAGAGGCUUCAUGGGCAGCAAUGGACCCCGUUGGAGCCUCCAGGAGGCCAUGCAGCGAAGUGUACAUGCUCUAAGCAGACAGCUGCUGCCUGGCCUGAGGAAUCCUGGACCAGCAUCUCUGACAUUUCAUCAGGCUCCCUCCAGAGUCACCCAAGAAAUGAUAUUGUUUGCUUCCCUUCAAACAAUUGUAUCUUCGAGAAAAAUCAGUGUUUAUUGACUGCCUCCAGCUUGGACAUUUGCAAAUGUGGAUUUCAGAAUGCCCAGCGUCAAUGAACAUCUUUAUUCCUCAUCCCGAACGUUCCAGGAGCACAACAGAACCCGUCAUCCACUUCGAGGUAUUAGAUAGAAAACCAAAAAUACAACAUUCUCCAUCUGCUUUCACAGAGCUGUUAUUUAAUAAAGGCAGAUCAAGGGCCGAGCUGGUGUGCCGUUUGUACAGCUCACCCAAGCCGAAGCCGUCUAAGCAAGCA